UCCCCCCACUCCCGUCGCAACCUCUCCGCUCCCAACAUGACCUCCUCUGUCAUCACAGGUAUUGCAGUGGUCGAGCGGCCCCGUAUCAUUGACACUUCGCAGCCAAGGAGUGUAUGGCUGGAUGCUGGCAUAUACUCAGGCAAUCCUCAUCAGCCGCUCAUUGCAAACUUCCGGUACUGGAACGACGGAGGUGUUGAGUUUGGGGAUGGGCCAAUCGUAUGUUUUAUUGUUGCAACGAUGCAGCCACAUGCGAGGGUGAACUCCUCCGUGCUCAGCGCCACCGACUACGACAUUGUUGGGGAUAUUCUACAGCUCAUCCCUGCGCCCGGAGCUGAUCCAGCGCAUUCCCCGUUCAUCUUUGCAUGCGGGCAGGCCACCAAUAUCCAAAACAACAUCUCAAUGUUCGACGUACUGCCAACUCAGUAUGUGUCCCAGCUGCCACUUCGCCAGCCAAGCAACUUCCCGAUGCGGGUCGAGAUCCCCUCCUCAAAGCGCUAUGAAAGCAGGGGCAAGCCCAUGCCCAAGAACACCGAUUCACGCUUCCACGUUCAAGGUUUUCUCAAGGACGUUACACGUGGCGCGGAUGAGGUGGUGCAGUGGUUCAAUGUCCGCUUACAUAACAUCGUCUACUUCGACAGACUCCCAGUCCCUCCUAUCCACAGUGAGUGA